CUAGACAUGCUCAGCUUUGUGGACACGCGGACCCUGCUGCUGCUCGCAGCGGCGUCGUGCCUAGCAACCUGCCAGUCUUUACAAGAGGAAACGGUAAGAAAGGGCCCAGCUGGAGAUAGAGGACCACGUGGAGAAAGGGGUCCACCAGGCCCCCCAGGCAGAGAUGGUGAAGAUGGUGCCCCUGGACCUGCUGGCCCACCUGGUCCUCCCGGCCCCCCUGGUCUCGGCGGGAACUUUGCUGCUCAGUAUGAUGGAAAAGGAGUUGGAAUGGGCCCAGGACCAAUGGGUUUAAUGGGACCCAGAGGCCCUCCUGGUGCAGCUGGAGCCCCUGGACCCCAAGGUUUCCAAGGACCUGCUGGAGAGCCUGGCGAACCUGGUCAGACUGGCCCCGCAGGAGCCCGCGGUCCACCUGGAGCCCCUGGCAAGGCUGGAGAGGAUGGUCACCCUGGAAAACCCGGAAGACCUGGUGAGAGAGGAAUCAUGGGACCACAGGGUGCUCGUGGCUUCCCUGGAACUCCUGGACUUCCUGGCUUCAAGGGCAUCAGGGGACACAAUGGUCUGGAUGGAUUGAAAGGACAGCCUGGUGCUCCUGGUGUGAAGGGUGAACCAGGUGCCCCUGGUGAAAACGGAACUCCAGGUCAAACAGGAGCCCGGGGGCUUCCCGGUGAGCGAGGACGUGUUGGUGCCCCUGGCCCAGCUGGAGCCCGUGGCAGCGAUGGCAGUGUUGGUCCUGUGGGUCCUGCUGGUCCCAUUGGGUCGGCUGGCCCCCCAGGCUUCCCAGGUGCCCCUGGUCCCAAGGGUGAAAUUGGACCUGUUGGUAACCCUGGCCCUUCUGGCCCUGCGGGUCCCCGUGGUGAAGUGGGUCUUCCAGGCGUUUCUGGCCCUGUUGGACCUCCUGGUAACCCUGGAGCCAACGGCCUUACUGGUGCUAAGGGUGCAGCUGGCCUUCCUGGUGUCGCUGGGGCUCCUGGUCUCCCUGGCCCUCGUGGUCUCCCAGGCCCUGUGGGUGCUGCUGGUGCUACUGGUGCCCGAGGACUUGUUGGUGAGCCUGGUCCAGCCGGCUCCAAAGGAGAGAGUGGUAACAAGGGUGAGCCUGGUUCUGCUGGUCCCCAAGGUCCCCCUGGGCCCAGUGGAGAAGAAGGAAAGAGAGGCAGCACUGGAGAACCUGGCUCUGCAGGUCCCCCAGGACCUCCCGGGCUGAGGGGUAGUCCUGGUUCUCGCGGUCUUCCCGGUGCUGAUGGCAGAGCUGGCGUGAUGGGCCCUCCUGGUAGCCGUGGUUCAACUGGCCCUGCUGGAGUCCGAGGCCCCAAUGGAGAUUCCGGUCGUCCUGGGGAGCCUGGUCUCGUGGGACCCAGAGGUCUUCCCGGCUCCCCUGGAAACGUUGGCCCAGCCGGCAAAGAAGGGCCUGUGGGCCUCCCUGGUAUUGAUGGCAGACCUGGUCCAAUUGGCCCCGCUGGAGCAAGAGGAGAGCCUGGUAACAUCGGAUUCCCUGGACCCAAAGGCCCCAGUGGUGAUCCUGGAAAAAGUGGUGACAAGGGCCAUCCCGGUCUCGCUGGUGCUCGGGGUGCUCCAGGUCCUGACGGAAACAAUGGUGCUCAGGGCCCUCCUGGACCCCAGGGUGUGCAAGGUGGAAAAGGUGAACAGGGUCCUGCUGGUCCCCCAGGCUUCCAGGGUCUGCCUGGCCCCUCAGGUCCAGCUGGUGAGGUUGGCAAGCCAGGAGAAAGGGGUCUCCCUGGUGAAUUUGGCCUCCCUGGUCCUGCUGGUGCUAGAGGGGAGCGUGGUCCUCCUGGAGAGAGUGGUGCUGCUGGUCCUCCUGGUCCUAUUGGGAGCCGGGGUCCUUCUGGACCUCCAGGGCCUGACGGAAACAAGGUAAAACUUUCUGUUAUUGGUGCUCUCGGCAAUGCUGGUGCAUCUGGGCCUGGUGGCCUCCCAGGAGAGAGAGGUGCUGCUGGCAUUCCUGGAGGCAAGGGAGAAAAGGGUGAAACCGGACUCAGAGGUGAAGUUGGUAACCCUGGUAGAGACGGUGCUCGGGGUGCUCCUGGUGCUGUUGGUGCCCCUGGUCCUGCUGGAGCCACUGGUGAUCGGGGUGAAGCUGGUGCUGCUGGCCCUGCUGGUCCUGCCGGUCCUCGGGGUAGUCCUGGUGAACGUGGUGAGGUUGGUCCUGCUGGUCCGAAUGGAUUUGCCGGUCCCGCUGGUGCUGCUGGUCAACCUGGUGCUAAAGGAGAGAGAGGAACCAAAGGUCCCAAGGGUGAAAAUGGUGUUGUCGGUCCCACUGGUCCUGUUGGAGCGGCUGGCCCAUCCGGUCCAAAUGGCCCUCCUGGUCCUGUUGGAGGUCGUGGUGAUGGAGGCCCCCCUGGUAUGACUGGUUUCCCUGGUGCUGCUGGACGGACUGGACCCCCUGGGCCCUCUGGUAUCACUGGCCCUCCUGGCCCUCCUGGUGCUGCUGGUAAAGAAGGCCUUCGUGGUCCUCGUGGUGACCAAGGUCCAGUCGGCCGAACUGGAGAACCAGGUGCAGCUGGCCCCCCUGGCUUUGCUGGUGAGAAAGGUCCUUCUGGAGAGCCUGGUACUGCUGGACCCCCUGGAACCCCAGGUCCUCAGGGUCUUCUUGGUCCACCUGGCAUUCUGGGUCUCCCUGGUACCAGAGGUGAACGUGGUCUCCCAGGCGUGGCUGGAGCUUUGGGUGAACCUGGUCCUCUUGGCCUGGCAGGUCCUCCUGGUGCCCGUGGACCCCCCGGUGCUGUGGGCGCUCCUGGAGUCAAUGGCGCUCCUGGUGAAGCGGGUCGUGAUGGCAACCCUGGGAGUGACGGUCCUCCAGGUCGUGAUGGUCAGCCUGGACACAAGGGAGAGCGUGGUUACCCUGGCAACGCUGGCCCUGCUGGUGCUGCAGGCGCUCCUGGUCCUCAAGGCUCCGUGGGCCCCACUGGCAAACAUGGAAACCGUGGUGAACCUGGUCCUGCUGGUUCUGUUGGUCCCGUUGGUGCUGCUGGUCCCAGAGGUCCUAGUGGCCCACAAGGCAUCCGUGGUGACAAGGGAGAGCCUGGUGACAAGGGACCCAGAGGUCUGCCUGGCUUAAAGGGACACAAUGGCUUGCAGGGUCUUCCCGGUCUCGCUGGUCAACACGGUGACCAAGGUGCUCCUGGUGCUGUGGGUCCCGCUGGUCCCAGGGGCCCUGCUGGUCCCACUGGCCCUGCUGGUAAAGAUGGUCGCUCUGGACAUCCCGGCACAGUUGGACCUGCUGGCGUUCGAGGCUCCCAGGGUAGCCAAGGUCCUGCUGGUCCUCCAGGUCCCCCUGGCCCUCCUGGUCCUCCUGGUGCAAGCGGUGGUGGUUAUGACUUCGGCUAUGAUGGAGACUUCUACAGGGCUGAUCAGCCUCGCUCACCGCCUUCUCUCAGACCUAAGGACUAUGAAGUUGAUGCCACUCUGAAAUCUCUCAACAACCAGAUUGAGACCCUCCUCACUCCUGAAGGCUCCCGGAAGAACCCUGCUCGCACCUGCCGCGAUCUGAGACUCAGCCACCCCGAGUGGAGCAGUGGUUACUACUGGAUUGAUCCUAACCAAGGCUGCACUAUGGAUGCCAUCAAAGUAUAUUGUGAUUUCUCCUCCGGGGAGACCUGCAUCCAAGCCCAGCCUGACAGUGUCGCAGUCAAGAACUGGUAUAAGAACUCCAAGCCCAAGAAGCAUGUCUGGUUGGGAGAAAUCAAUGGUGGUACGCAGUUUGAAUACAACACAGAAGGCGUAACCUCCAAGGAGAUGGCCACCCAACUUGCCUUCAUGCGCCUGCUGGCCAAUCACGCCUCUCAGAACAUCACCUACCACUGCAAGAACAGCAUCGCGUACAUGGACGAGGAGACUGGCAGUCUGAACAAGGCCGUCAUGCUGCAGGGCUCCAACGAUGUUGAACUUGUUGCUGAGGGCAACAGCAGGUUCACUUACACUGUUCUUGUGGAUGGCUGCUCGAAAAAGACAAACGAAUGGGGAAAGACAAUCAUUGAAUACAAAACAAACAAGCCGUCCCGCUUGCCCUUCCUGGACAUCGCACCUUUGGACAUUGGUGGUUCUGACCAAGAACUCUAUGUGGACAUUGGCCCGGUCUGCUUCAAAUAAGUGAACUCCACCUAAAUUAAAAACAAACAAACAAAAAUCAAAUUUGAAAAAUACCAUUCUCUCUUUGCCAUUUCUUCUUUUUCUUGUUGAACUAAGCUGAAUCCUUCCAUUUCUUCUGCACAUGUACUUGCUUUACAUUGUGGGCGAAAUAGAAGCAGGAUCGAUCAGAGCAUUGUGCAAUAUGAUUUCAUGAACUCUCUCCCUCACCCCGCCCCCCCAUCAAGAUUUGGAAUUUUUUUUUUUUCAAAACUCUUAUACCGUUUGUGGAAAAUGUCAACCUUUGUAAGAAAAUCAAAAUUUAAAAAAUGAAAAAUAAAAUAAAAACCAUGAACAUGUGCACCACUUGUGGCUUUUGAAUAUCUUCCAGAGAGGGAAGUUUAAAACCCACACUUCCAAAGGUUUAAACUACCUCAGAAUGCUUGCCCGUGAGUGUCACUCACCGCGCUGCGUGCCGGCCUAGAGAAGAGGAACUGAGGUACUUGCCCGAUUUUUCAUGAUACAAAGGUGCUAAUAGUAUUUCAGCAACUUGAAGAACGGUUUGGUGCUUAGAAAAACUUCAGAAGAAAUACUCCUCUGUACUGAGCUGUGCUGUGUGGUUUUUUCAAUUGGCUUUAGCGGCAGUGUUUUCUCUCUGACCCCUAAUUAAGAAUAUGCAGAUCAUCUGUGCCCAAAAUGGUCCUCUUCUUCAACUCAGCGUUUGUUCUUUGCCGAUUUCAUUUCCUCCUCUUCCAUGGUUCCAAAGAAGUCAUAUUUCUUGGACACACGGAAAAAUGUACCUUAUUUUGUAUAUGUGAGAUGUUUAAAUAAAUUGUGAAAAAAGUGAAAUAAAGCAUGUUUGGUUUU